CUGCAGAACGACGUAAUUUACUAUCUUUGCGCGUGUAAGAAGUGGUUACUUUUCGUUGCUAGUAGCAACAACAGAGGUCUACAAUUCUCAAAACAAGCCCAACGAGCCUAUAGUAAGCCGAGCCAGAGCCGAGCCGAGCUGGCCUCCAUGUGGAGACGAGUCGAGUCGAGCCAGACUCUCGAGCUCGGCUCGGCUUGGCUCAUUGGGAGCACUGGUUGUCACUGCCUGAUAUCGAGGCGAAUAACCUCAUCUCCAUUUGUGAACCGAGACCUCGUCCAUUAAUUUCCCCUCGUUCCUUCACAAAAUGGACUCUCCAUUGGUUGCCCUAAUCACCGCUGGCAGCGCUGGUCUCGGCGCCGCGACUGCACGUCUCUUUGCCCGGAACGGCAUCCGUGUAGUCAUCAACUACAACAACGACGACGCCAGGGCCUCAGAUCUUGUGAAAGAACUCUACAAAAUCUCCCCGCUGAGAACUGGCGCAUAUGGCCGGUUCAACUACGUUGCCCUCAAGGCUAACUUAGCUGAAAAGAACCAGAUCGGCGAGCUCAUCGACGAUACAGUAAACUGCAUGGACAGACUCGACAUUGUCUUCUCCAACGGCGGUUGGACCCGUCUCCGGGACAUCAACGACCUGGAUGACAACGUGAACGAGGAAGACUGGGAUAUGUGCUUCAACAUGAACGUCAAGUCCCAUCUCUGGUUGAUGCACGCUGCGAAACCGCAUCUGGACGAAACGGAAGGUGUCUUUAUCACCACUGCUUCUUUGGCAGGUGUCAAAGUCAGCGGGAGUUCGCUUGCCUACUCCGUCACCAAGGCGGCGCAAAUCCACCUGGCCAAAGGAUUGGCACAGAUUGCGGCACCCAGGAUCAGAGUCAAUACUGUAUCUCCGGGUCUCAUGCUCACGGACUGGGGUCUUCAGUUUCCACCUGAAAAGCAGAAAGAAGCGAGGGAGAGAUCAAAGCUCAAGCGUUUGGCAACGGUAGAGGAUGUCGCAGAGCAGGUACUCUGUUUCGUCAAGUCCAAAAGUGUAACAGGAGUGAAUGUCAUUAUCGAUGGAGGAAUGGUACUCUGAUGACGACCGCUCAUGGACGACACCAACUGGUUUCAUUCAAGAAAAAAAAGAAAGGGAGGAAGGAGAAAUGAGGAAAAGGCCCAAGAGAAACCAGAAAGGCGAAGAAAGAAAAAAAAUAUUGUGACUCGGAUACCGGGAGUCGAACCCGGGGCUGUUGAGAGAGCAGUCACUCCUAAGAAGUGAGAGUCAACGAUGUUACCGCUACACCAUACCCGAUCAGGAAUGGUUCCGAUUGUUGAAUAUCCGAGCUGAGCAAUGACUUAUAUGUAAGUGACAGAGGUGGAAAGGCGACGACAGGAAAAG